CACGUGAUUUCUUGUCACAAGGUAGUUUUUGGCCGUUGAACAUCUUUAUACAAUUUGGAAUCCUUAGCGCCCCCAACUGAGAGAUCAAUUAAUGAGCGUUUCGGGCUCAAAUUCAUCGAGAGGAUCGCCACAGCGAUCCCGCUCUCAGUCAAGAUCUCCUCCACCUUUUGCAGAUGGGAGAUAUCCGCCACCUCCUCCGCGCCAUGGAUCUCGAUAUGAACCCUAUGGAGGGUACCGUUCAAUGCGACCUAUGGAUGACUACCGAGACAUUCGAGACCGAGAGCGUGAAAGAGACCGUGCUAUGAUGAUCAGAGACGAUCGAUAUCCACCUAGAGGCCGUGAAAGAUAUAUGGGAUAUUACCGAGAUGAUAUCGGUCCACCGCCUCCACAUCAAUACUCCGGACCACCACCUCCAAUUCGGCGUGAGAGUGGCAAUAUUGAACGACCAAAAUUAGAUUCAAGACCAACGACGCCUACUGCAAGGGAAGAUGUCGGACGAUUUGGUCCUCCUGGUCCACCAGAUGGGUAUCGAUCACCACGUUAUAUGGAUUGGCGAGACCGAAACAGAGAGAGAGACCGUGAUAGAGAAAGAGACAGACGAUUUCGUGAAGAUGAACGACGACGUGACCUUGAUCGAAGAGAUCGUAGUAGGGAUGGGUAUCCAAGAUAUGAACCACCGCUCCCUCCUUUUCCUCCAGACUCGUAUCGUGAUCGGGAAAGAGACAGAGAACGAGAACUCUCUACUCCGGGAGGUUACGGGCAUUAUCAUGAUAGAGAACGAAGUGAAGACCCUCAUUUCUACCGUCCACCCCCACGAGCACGCUCUCCGCCUGAUUUUGAUCGAUUCCGUGGAAGACCACCGUCGUGGGGUCCUCCCGGCGGCCCGCCCGGCUAUGGCUCAUCUAGACGAGAGACAUCACGCGGUCGAGAAAAAGACGAUCCCAGAAGUCCACGUGCCGCUAGUACAUCAGUGAUUCAUCCUCGACCAAGAGACAGAGAGGACUCGUUUUCAGACCGACGUCGAGAGCCUGGCCCACCCCUUAAAGCUUCAGACGCAUUUCCUCCUCCUCGAAGAGCAUCACCUUCUCCAUCAACCUCAUCUAGAUGGGACUCGGAUAAACCUGUCAAGUCCACGGAAGCCGAGAAAGAGGAGUCACCCGAACUUGAAAAAAUAUCGGAAGAUGUCAAAUCGGUUGAACCUGAAACUAGUACCGUUUCUGCGGCAAAUGUUAAUGCAGAUGAAGCAGAGCCAAAAGCUGAAGCUUCAACGGCUCUACCCAUCCUGGAAUUUGCACGACCUGAACGAAGAAGUACAACACCACCACCUGUAAAACAACUUUCUGACGACCUUAAAGAGACGACUAUUGACUCGAAAGAAGAAAUGGACGUCGACACAAAACCGUCUACAGAAGAAGAACACCCUGUUGUCGAAUAUGUGGUGGUUAAAGAUGAAGCGACAGUUGAUGCAUCACGCAAGUUGUCAGAAGUCAGUACGACCAUGGAAGAUAUUGCAUCUACGGAGGAUGCCAAAGUUCCCGAAUCCGACGCUGUUGCUAUCACUGACCUGUUUGAAAGGCCAAAGUCACCAUCACCCAUUGCCGCUGAAGCCGUUGAGGAAGACCCAAUACCAGUCAAGUCUGAAGACGAAGUUAAUGCGGGCUUCAACAAACUAAUGGAAACGAGCGAAGAAAAUGAGGACGCUGCGCCAAAAGUUGAAGAAGAGCUUACAGAGCAGAGCAUUGUUGAACGCAUUGAUCAAAUCGAGAACGACAUUACUGUCUUCGAAGAACUCCUAGAAAAGCGAGUCAAUAAGGACAGAGCUGCCAGCAACAAAGUCUUGCACGCGAGCGAAGCUGCUGCUUUAAUGCGUAACGCUGUUCAAGCUGAAGAGGAAGUUUUUGUGGAUGUAUUGAACGACGUUGCUUCUCAACAGCAAAGUGAGUCUCAGCCUGGACAAGAUGCAGCAUCCAAACCUGCCUUGGUUGUGUACGAUGCUCCACCAGAACCUUCGCCAGCUGCUCGCAAGAGUCUUCGUGCUCAAAUCGAACACUACCAUAAUGAAGACGAGGACGAAGAGCCUUUGUACAAGAAGCUGUAUGAAGAAAAUCGCAAGAUUGCUAAAGCAAAUAGCCAUUUAAUUGGUGGUUGGCAAGGCAAGCCUGAUUCUGAGGAUGAUUGGUCCGACGAAGAGAAUUGGUCCAAGCCUAUGUUUGCCAAUAUCGAGAGUUACCCAUCCUACAAGGCUAACGUUGAAUCCUUUUCCAAAAUGCGACAUGUUGUUGUUACUCAUAUGGCAACACGUAGACGGAAGCUGAAGAUGAAGGAAGCUCGACUUAAGAAGCGUUACAAGGCGAUUCAUGACCGAUGGAAGACGAAGAACAUUGAGUUGGACCGCAUGCGUGACCAGGAACGUCGUGCCUCUGAACGAGGAAGCUAUAAAGGAUCUUCUUAUCGUAAACGCACUGAGGACGAGACCGAAGGAGCUGUGGACGGAAUUGAUUUUGAUUCACCGUUUGAUGCAUUGCGCUUUGGUCCGGAAGGCCCAUCUACUCCCUACGGCGCACCCCACAGGCAAGGUCCAUGGGCGUCUGAUACUGUUCGUUCUGAAGCUGAGUUGCUGGAAAUCAUUCAGUCACUGGAGUCAGCCGAUAUGCGCAAUCCUGAAUUACGUGCAGCCAAAACAACUGCUAAUAUUCCACCCAUGAUCCUCGAUCUCAAAGAGAGAGCUCAGACGUUCGAUGAUCGCAGUGGACUGGUGGAGGAUCCAAUCACCUAUUACCAUACUGGUAAAGACACUGGCGAUGUGUGGACAAAGCAAGAGACUUCAACCUUCCUGGAGAGUUACAUGUUGUAUCCCAAACAAUUUGGUAAAAUUGCCGCUGCCAUCGAGAGCAAGACUGCUUGUCAAUCUGUACUUUUGUAUUAUCGCAUGAAGAAAACCAUUGAUUUCAAGGGACUUGUGGCUGCUUCUUUGAAAGGAAAGCGUAGUCGUUCAGGCAAGAAGAAGGAUAGACUUGCCGCAGCUGUACGUGCAGCUACCAGUGGUAGUACUCGAGGCGGUGGUCGCGGUAAGAACAAGGGCUCAGCCUUGCUUGCUGAUAUUGGACUUGCUCAAGACACUCGAAAGGCCAAGGAGAAGGAAAGAAAGAACAAGGAGUUACGUGAGUUAGAAGAAGCUGGAGGCUAUUGGGACAAGCUUGGUGAUCGCCGACGUACUCGCACCCGUGAAAAGCCACCACGUACACCCACCGGCUAUGUGUCUGAAUCGCAGGCGACAGACAAGCGAAGAGGCAUUGGAAAACGUAAAGGCAAAUCACCUAAAAGCGGUGUGGAGGAUGACCCUCGACGUCCUCGUGGUGAACUUGAAAUGGACGAUGAUGAAGAAGAUGAUUCUUUCGACACACCGAAAGAUGUCACUACAGCAAAGUGGACAGCCACUGAGCGAGAUGCAGCAGUCGAAGCUUUCAAGAUACAUGGUCGUAACUUUAUGCAAGUAUCCGAAAUUGUUGGAACGAAAACCGAAGAUCAAUGUCGAAACCUGUAUCACAAUUAUAAACGUAAAUAUGGACCCAAUGCAUUUAAUGAAGAAUCCGGACGAAGCAAUAUGGCUGCUGAAGAAGAAGAUGCUGCUGCUGCUCUGGUUGGGAUGUAUCAGAUGGGUGCACAAUCUCCCCAAGGUGACCAACUGGACUCUGGAGCCAGUACCCCACGUAAGCCUGGCCGCCGACCUAGAACUGCUUCAGUCAAUCCAAUCAAUGAUGAACUGGUAGAAUCAGAUCAAGACUACAUGGCUAUGAAGAGUAGAAAAGGACCAAAAGGCACGAUCACACCUGAUCUAUUGGCUGGCAAAAGGCCUGCUUAUUCUUCAUACUGGUCUGUUUCUGAAAAGGCGGAUUUUAUCAAGUUUUUGGAGAUGUUUGGCCGUGAUUGGGAUAGGUUGGCUGAUGCUAUGAAAUCCAAGACAGCUACACAGGUACGCAACUUCUUCCAAAAUAAUUUGGAAAAGAUGCAAUUGGAUAAGAUCAUUAUGAGAUUUGAUAGACGGCAGCAACAGCAAUCGCCAACUGCAAGUCACCAUCAUGGUACCCCUCCCCAACCACCAUCACAACCUCAACCGAAACAACCUUCUAUUCCUCCUCAGCACCACAUACCGCCUUCGGAUCGUAUGCCGCAUGAUAGUCAAUAUUCUCCCAUUCCACCUUACGGGUUUUCACCUGGUCAUAUGUCAGGACCUCCCCCACCUCCACCUGGUCAUUAUGGUCCACGACAAGGCUAUUUCCCACCUCCGUCUGAAGGACACCGACCCCCCAUGUCCUCGUCACCCACCGCUUCUCAAAGCUAUCCAUCUUCUUACCAACCUUAUCGCAUGCAUUCACCCCCACGAUCUGCGUUUGUUCGAUCGUACGCAAGCCCACCACAACCUCCAAUGCCACUGCCGCCAACGCAACCCAAGUCCGAUAAGGAACCGACCACUGUUACCAAGGUCGCUGAUUUACUUAACAAUGAUGAUUCUGCAGAAACUAGCCAGCCUGGUAACUGGGAAUCAUGGUUUAAUUAAAGCCUGGCGAGGGAUUGAAACCAAGCAUACACUAAAAAAAAAAGGAA